GUCAAUUGCCACUCCCCGAAGGAGCAAGGCUUAGAAAACCCUAGUAUAAUUAAGGGUUCGAUAGCUCUGAGUUCGAGUCGUUCACUCUACGCACAGCGGCGGAAGCAAAUCGUUCUUCUCCAGCCAUCUCGAAGAAGCUCUCCAAUGGCGUCAGAGAGGAAGCUCAGUAACCCUAUGAGGGAAAUUAAGGUUCAGAAGUUGGUCCUCAAUAUCUCCGUCGGCGAGAGUGGCGAUCGUCUCACCAGAGCCGCCAAGGUGCUGGAACAGCUCAGUGGACAAACCCCUGUUUACUCCAAAGCAAGGUACACUGUUAGGUCCUUCGGUAUCAGACGUAAUGAGAAGAUUGCCUGCUAUGUCACUGUGAGAGGGGACAAGGCGAUGCAACUAUUGGAGAGUGGACUGAAAGUCAAGGAAUAUGAAUUGCUGCGAAGAAACUUCAGUGAUACUGGCUGCUUUGGGUUUGGUAUUCAGGAGCACAUUGAUCUUGGUAUCAAGUAUGAUCCCUCCACUGGUAUCUAUGGUAUGGACUUCUAUGUUGUCCUGGAGCGAGCGGGCUACCGUGUUGCCAGGCGCCGUAGAUGCAAGACACGCGUUGGUAUCCAGCACCGAGUCACAAAGGAUGAUGCAAUGAAAUGGUUCCAGGUCAAAUACGAGGGUGUCAUCCUUAACAAGGCUCAGAAUAUUACUGGUUGAGUGAAAAAUACUAGAUGUUAGCGAAGUGGAAGAAGCUUUUUCCAGAUUUUGGUUGAUUCUGUUAGCUGUAUUAAAAGUUGGCUCAGAAGUUUUAAUAUGCAGCUUUUUAUGUUUCUUACUCUGUUUGAGGACAUGGUUGAGCUGUCCCUGUUUUGAUUCAAGUGAACGAAAUCAGUGUUAUAUUAGUUGGUUACCAGCUUUCAUUGGCUUUUUCCCGGGCGUUCCUCUAAAUUUGCGACAUGAAAGUAGUCGCAUUCCGUCGAGUCUAACUUCAAUUUCUCCUGUAACUUGUCAGUUGGCUUUGAUUAGAUUGCUUGUUACUUGUUAGUGAUUCUCCCGUGAUAACUCUUGUAUGGAGCUAAUCAAGAAUUCACGAGUGUAUAAUUUUGGAUUAAAUCGAUUAAAUAAAUGAAAUUAGAUUGUUGAGUGGGAUACGGAAUAUCAGAUUGUUGGUGGGAUGUGGAUCGUAGGAAUCUUGCUUGAAUGAG